AUGUGAGGUUUAGAUGGAUUCCUGCGGUUAAAUAUGGAAAAAAAAACGUGAAAAGAUUUCCCCCAAGUGUGUUGUGUGUCUAGAUCAUACUAAUGGCCAUAUAUAAUGCUAUUUGAGGAGGAGUUCUUGCAUGUCUAAGUUUUUUCAGCAAUAUCCAAGGCGAUCCAAACCUAACUUUGAACUAUGAGAGAAGACAGGAACUUGGUCUCUUGAUGAUGAUGUACCUGUUAUAAAUAUAUCCAUCAUGGGAAAAAAUCUGGUACAGACAAAUAACUGAUGGAAGUAGCUGCCACAGUAACUAGAGGAUUACCUACUGAUAUGUAAAGGCAUAAUUGAUAUGGUUGUAAUUUAACCCGCCAAUCUUUUCUAUCUGAUUUUAUGUUACUUGAAACUUCCAUUUAACAAUUUAGAGGUGUAUGCCAAACAGUUAAAACUACUUGGAAUUUAUUUCAGUGAGCAUUCUUUUGCUGGCUUAGAGCAUACUAAAAUCUGUACUUGAUUCACUUUGUCUUGGUUGCUGUUUGAUCUUAUGGUACAUAUUACCAUACUCAAAUGUACAUGCAGGAGUUCACUUGAAAAGUACUCACCUUUAGAAUGGUCAGAUUAUCUUGACAAAGAAGAAGAUGUAACUAUUCCAGGAGCAAAUAAUGUCUUUCAUGUUUACAUCGCCGGAUCAAAGGGGCCAGUUGUUUUUUGCCUACGUGGAGGUGGCUACUCAGGUAUGGAGGGUUCUGUGGCUGUGCAUGUAGCUGCAACGAAGGCAAUGGCUAAUGUGCAUGGCCUUGUUGUUGUUGACAUUGUCGAGGGCACAGCCAUGGCAUCAUUGGUCCAUAUGUAGAAAAUCCUGUCAAAUCGAAUGCGGUACUUCCCUGCCAUCGAGAAAGCAGUUGAGUGGAGUGUCAGAGGAGGCCCAUUAAGAAAUGUUGAAUCCGCCCGUAUAUCGGUUCCAUCAACGUUAAAAUAUGAUAAUUCAAAGAAUUGUUUUACAUAUCGCACUUCCCUCGAAGAAAGAGAAAAAUACUGGAAAGGCUGGUAUGAGGGCCUCUCAGAGAAGUUCUUAUCAUGCCCAGUGCCAAAGCUCUUACUAUUAGCAGGAACGGACAGAUUGGACAGACUUCUUACAAUUGGUCAAAUGCAAGGCAAGUUUCAAAUGGUGGUUGUCCACCACACUGGGCAUGCUAUACAGGAAGAUGUCCCUGAGGAAUUUGCUUCACUUAUACUGAAUUUUAUAUCUUGCAAUCGGAUAGGCCCUCAUGAUGUUGAGGUUAAUUGCUUACCUCUUGGGAAGUUGCUUGAGAUGGAUUUUGUUUAAUUGUUCACUUAUUCAUGAUAACUGUGUUGAAGAUAUCUGUUUGUUUCAUAUGUUCAGUAAGCUAACUUUGUUUUCAAAAUGUUUUCCAGAAACAUGUCAUUAACCAUA